AUGUCCACUUUCGAAGACCAGAUACGCAGUCGAGAAAGAUUCCGCCUUGAUCAUAUAGGUGCUAUUGAUCUUGACCGGGAAACAUAUGGCUAUGACAACGACAACACCUUCUGGCGUCAAUUCAGGCUAUUUACGAAAAACAUUGCCAGUCGUUACACUAGGUCCGGCCUUCCAAUAGUCUUUUACGAAUAUGACAUGCGUGAACUAUGGUACAUGAUCAUCCAAGGUGCCAAAAUCACAGAUGCCAACCACCCCGCCCAAGAUCGCCUGGCAAGCCAGAUCUUACACGCUCGAGGGAUGGGCGUGUUGACUCGCCGUAAUAAAGCCUCGGGAGUUGAAGAGGAAGCAUCGACCUCUGAUGGAAAGAUCUGGGUCGAUCUGCCCUUCCUUGCGCAGGAGUUCCAAGCGGCCUGGAAGACGGCCGAUGAGCUACCAGCGCGACAGCGGCAUAACCUCAGCGCCUUUAUAGCCCGUAUCAGCGCUUGGGGUAUCUGUGACCCAGAAUUGUUCGUUUGUGCUCUUUCAAUUUUCAGGGAUACGUUCGAGACACACAGGCCGUUGAUUGCAGCCAACGACCAACAGGGCGGUGAUUUGCUGCCCAUCGUUGGUCUGCUGCCAGCAGCGGUAGCCUGGUUUGAGCUGUGUGCCUACAAAAUCGAAAGUCUUUGUCUCUCGGCCCAGGGAUUUGAGUCUUCGGCGAUUGGUGAUCUUGCUAGAGAUGCGCAAGUUGUUCCGGACACCGGUUUUAGCACUGCCAGGUGGCUCUUCUGGAGGCGGCGUCUGGAGGAGAUCAGCCAUUGUGGCCACGCUGAGACGGCGGCUUUGGCACAGCGGGGUUGGAGGGUUAUGCAGUUUUGGGGUGAGAGAAUUUUAGCCAUUGAUAACAGUAAUGACUUAGGCAAGUAG